ACGUAAAGACAGAGGGAGGGAUUAUUCCUACAGUCCUAGCCCAGAGAGGAGGAGGAGUAGUAAGAAAUCUAAAAAAGACAAGAAGCACAAGAGAAGGUCUCCCUCUGUCUCUCCUCCUCCACGUAAAAGAGGUGGUUCUGAUAAAGGUGAAGGAGAGGAGGAGGAGAUGGAGGAAGAGGAAGAGUUCUCUGAUGAAAGUGCUCCUUCUGAGGAGGAGAGACAAUCAAGUCCUUCAGCAUCAGAAUAGAACAAUUCAAUAUUUGGUAAUUGUUUAUCUCUUUCUAACCAAAACAGUCAAAAUGAUUAUUAAUCUACAUGCAAAACAUGUUUUUCA